UGCUCUUUUAGUGGAAAGAAAACCUUGGAGUUGCCUUGAGGUUUCUUUUUAUCAAUCAAUCAAUACAAUGGCUGACUGUUACUGAAAUCGUCGAAAACAGAAACUAGUCAGACACUAGCGAUGUUUUGCUUCACUGCAUUAAUAUUAAUAUUUUCGGAGUAAUUAUUUAAAAUGUGCCAUUAAAAAGAUAUUUUUUUUUAAACGAAUUGAUGUUCAUUUCUUUUUUUAAUAAAAAGUAACCUCGAAAGACCAUUGCUUUUCUUUGCUACAAGUGAAGCUUUUUUUUUCUUCAUUUUUUGUAUUGACAAAAUCUCCAUUAAUGUAACUGAUUACGAAUUUUAAAAAUUGAAAUCAUCAAUCAAGUUUUAAAUCAAAUCAUGGGAUUAAUCUUUAGUCGACAGAAUGCUAGGAUUGAAGAAAUUGAUGCAAUAUCAAACAAUGCCUAUAGAUAUCCUAACAAGGAAGGUAACUAUUUUGCUAAUCACUUCAUCAUGGGUGGUGAGCGAUUCGAAACUACCCAACCUGAAGCUUAUCUUUUUGGAGAAAAUUUUGAUUUAAAUUUCUUAGGUCGUAAGCCUACUCCUUUCCCAUACCCUGCUCCUCAACCUAAUGAGCCAACAAAAACUUUAAGAAGUUUGAUUAAUAUACGAAAGGAAUCGUUGCGAUUUCUGAAAGUACCAGAUGUUCCAUCUGCCGAAAAUCAGGACACUCCGCCUGUAAGUACAUCAUACAAUAUAGAAUUUACGUUCGAUUCUGAUGUCCGAUGUGCUAUUACUAUUUAUUACUUUUGCACUGAAGAAAUUACAACAAAUGGUGUUACUUACACUCCACAAGAUGCAUCGCAUAAUUCUGAAACUUAUCACUAUAAAAAAGGCGUCAAUCAACAAUUCACCCAAACGGAUCACGUGAUUGAUCCAAGUAAAUAUCCGGAAGACAUGUUAAGCUAUAAGUUCGAAGACGAAGUGAUACCAAUUUUAAUCCAAUGUGUCGCAGAGGAAGGGGAAGACCCUAAGCAGCAGCACAUGGUUCUGGCCAUCGUCGAAAAGAAUCUCGACGGUUCGUACACUCUAAAGCCAUUGAAGCAGAAACUUUUUGUUGACGGUCUUUGUUAUCUUCUGCAAGAGAUCUACGGCAUUGAAAAUAAAAAUGUGCCUCAAACCAAAAAUAUUGUAGAAGAAGAUUUAGAAGACAGUGGAUCAGAAUGUGUCAUAUGCAUGAGUGAUGCUCGCGAUACGUUAAUAUUACCUUGCCGACAUUUGUGUCUUUGUAACUCUUGUGCAGAUUCUCUUCGGUAUCAGGCCAAUAAUUGUCCCAUUUGUCGGGCACCAUUUCGAGCUCUGCUUCAAAUCAGAGCAGUGAGAAAAUCCAACACGCCUUUACCCCAAAUAAGUGGUGACAGCCAAUCAACUCAGGAUAUACCACCUGGCUACGAGUUAGUUUCACUGAUCGAGGCUUUGAACGGUCCAGUUCAGCCCUCUGCGCCACUCGUUCCUUCCUUUAUUCCAUCCACCCUUCCACCAUUUGGCAACAGUCCUGACAUGAGACAUAAACAUCGCUAUUUGGAUCGAAAUUAUUCUAGUUGUGCGUCUAGGAUUGGAGAGACCAGCGAAACUGAGAAAAGCGUCUCUUCGUGCAGUAAGCUGUCUGGAAACCCAGAGGUGUCUAAUAUACCAGAGGUAUUGGUAACUUCUAUGGUGCCAGCGGAUAAAGCUCCACAAAAAACAGAAUCUCUCUCUUUGACGAGAGUAGACGUUAAGAAACACCGUAAAGGGUUUCGAACGUCGUCGGCACCGGAAAAGAUGAGACUUCUCACCAGUUCUAUGGAGACUGUCAAUGACGGUGGGAAGCGAAAAUUGGAUAAAUAUGCUGAUGCUGCUGAAACCAGAUCUCUGUUGGAUAGUAAUUUUGCGGAGGAAUUAUCUGCUCUUGCUAUAGGCUCUUCGAAAUCUACUCAGUCCUGCGCAAGAAGCAGCCCUAUUUCACUCUCCACCCCACAUUCAUUACAUCUUUGUGAGAAAUCCAUUAAAGAUACGUCUCCUAGUGGCGAAGAUUCAGAUUACUACACCCCUGAAGAUCCAUCGACCACGAUCCUCGUCGAUCAAGGUACCGAUACGAGUUUAGACACCCCUCACGGGACAGAGCCCGUAAAAUUUAGCGAUUCUGUCCCCAAGACCAAGAAUAUGGAGAGGUCAAAGAGUAGUCUAGAAAAGAAUGUGGCCAAAUCUGAAAACAGUGCUCUUGAUUCUGCUCUAAACGGUCAGUCGCUGGUAGUUAAACUAGAAGGUAUCUCCUCGUUACCCGGAACGCCCGCAAGCAAUACCAGUAACUACAGUGGUGAUAGUUUCAGCAGCACUUCGAGCACCCGUGUUUUACUCCGACCUCAAAGUUGUGAUACUUUACCCGAGUGAGAAACAGUUGUGACUUUUAACUGCUGGUUUUUAAACUCAUAUUUAAAUGGUUUGUUGUUAUGCAAAAAUUGUGUUAAACAAUCUUAUUUGAAAGUGGAGGUGCACAAUCUUUAUCGUAAGAAAGCUACAUGACAAAAAAAUAAAUUGUAGGGUUUUAGGGUGCUUCAAUGAAUAUAGUUUUGAUAUCAAUUGAUGUUAAUAAAAUAGAUAUUACAUUUCUCUUAAAUUAAAAUUUUUAAGUUGAUCAAAUUACUUGUAAUAGUUUUUGCAAAGAAUAGGAUGUAUAAUGUUAUUGACGGAAAAUUUGUACGCUUAGUUUUUGAUAAUAAAAUUUAAAAUUUGCCUCUAUGAAAAAACUAGUUUUAUUAUUUUUUAAGUAAACAAAUUACACUUUUAAUUUUUAAAUAGAUCCUUAAAUUUGUUUUGAUAAAUAAAUAUAAAAAGAAUGUGUUUAUGUUAAAAUCGUUAUCAAAAUAAGCAUUAUUUGUUACUUUGAAUUAGUAUUUAUACAUUUUGGAAUUGUAAAAUUUUUCUGUUUUUCAAAAAAGAUAUGAAAUCAAAUUUAACUAUUUAAUUUGAAGAAGGGAAUCUAAUUAUUAGAUAGUAGUUCAGAGUAGUUUAUGAAAUAAGAUAUGUUAUUAAAUUUAUUUUAAAUUUUUGACUGAUAAGAAAAAGGUCGUGAAUUAUUCAUUCAAGGAUAUUAUUUGACCCAUGGACGGCAGGUUGUGCACUUCUGAUUUAGAGUAUACAUUUGAUAUUUUGCUACAGUUUCUUUUUGCAAAAUUUCAUGCAAUGUUAUUCUUUAUGCCUUUUUUCUUUUUCAAAUUUUAUUAAUUUUUCUCUCUUUUGCCAUGCUUUUUAUGGCCAAAAUAUCACCAGAGAUCUUACUUGUUUGAGGAAAUACUUCUCUUAUCCAGUUUUUAUCUAAUAUGAAGUGAUGUCUUAAAAUUUUUUUUUGUAUUUAUUCAUUUGUUAUUUUGAAACCUGUUUUACAUUUUGAUUAUGAUGUUUACCUUUCUAAACCCUAGUACACUGAUUGUCUAUAUAAUCAAAAGGUUGAAAUGCUGAUAAAAUAUUCUGUAGCUUGAUUUCAAAUCUGUUUUAAUGUGAAUUUACCUUAUUUGCUGUUAGUUUUAUUACUUAAUGGCUAUAUAAGAUUUAUUUUAAAAUGUAACUUUUUUUGUUGUUGUAUAUAUUGCUCUUAUUUAUUUAACAUUUAUUGUAGUUUUUAAUUUUCCUAUUGUAAAUAGUACCAGGCAAUCUCAUUGACAGGGUGAAAAGUAUAAAUGCUGUAGAAAGUCUCAUAUUAGAAAUAUAAAAUUGUAUUUUCACAUUUUGGUUGAUUUUGAAUAUCAAUGGUUUUUAAGCUCUAUGUAAUUAGCAUUUGCUUAUAGCUUUUCUGGUGAUGAGUUGAUAUUAUGUUUCUUAUUACAUAGGAAUAUUUCAGUAUCAGUACCUAUCCAUUUUAAGCAUGCCUCCAAAAGUGUCUUUAGCUUGCAAAUAUUAAUAACAUAUGUAUGUUUUGUUUUGCCCAAGGGUGGCUUCAAGUUAAACCUUUCCAGUUGGUCCCCUUAUGUGAUUUUUUCUUAAUGCUUUCUUGCUGGCCACUGCCUCUAAGUUGCCAAGACUUAGCAAUUAUUUUGUCAUAGUUACUGAUACGCAAAUCUUCCCAAUUGCAUUGCUAGAGGGCUUCUAUUAAAAAAUUAUGUAUAUCCAA